CCGCGUACGUUUCCCAGCAGGCAUAUUGCUAAAUUGUACACAAUCAUUAUGGCGGCUCAGGAUGGGAGUGGAGGAGUCGACAUGGAAAGUGAAGCCAGUCUCAGUAGUCAAGAGCCAGUGCUGUGUGAGAAAGUAAGCGAAGGGAACGCCGCAUCCUGUGAACAAGCCGCCAAGUCAGACGGCGAAAUCCCCGCAUCUCAGGUCUCCGCUGUCAGCAACGGGGGCGACAGUGAUGAAGGGAAAGAGAUGGUGGACUUGAAAAUCAUUUGGAACAAGAACAAAUACGAUCUAAAAAUCCCUCUUGAUGGAACAGGAGCCAACCUGAAAGAAAGGAUUCAUUCACUUACAGGUCUUCCACCUGCUAUGCAAAAAGUGAUGUAUAAGGGACUGCUUCCAGAGGACAAGACGCUGCGCGAAAUUAAAGUAACAAAUGGUGCAAAAAUAAUGGUAGUGGGUUCUACAAUUAAUGACGUACUAGCAGUUAACACACCAAAAGAGGUUAUCCAGCAAGAAGUAAAAGCUGAAGAAAAUAAAAAGGAACCUUUGUGUCGACAAAAGCAACACAGAAAAGUACUGGAUAAAGGAAAACCAGAGGAUGUAAUGCCUUCCAUAAAAGGAGCAAAGGAGCGCUUACCAACGGUGCCUUUAUCCGGAAUGUACAACAAAUCAGGCGGAAAAGUGCGACUCACCUUCAAACUGGAACAAGAUCAGCUGUGGAUUGGAACGAAAGAGAGAACAGAGAAGAUUCCAAUGGGCUCCAUUAAGAAUGUGGUGACUGAACCAAUCGAAGGUCAUGAGGACUAUCACAUGAUGGCGUUUCAGCUGGGUCCAACGGAAGCCUCUCAAUAUUGGGUUUACUGGGUGCCUGCGCAAUUUGUUGACGCAAUCAAAGACACGGUCCUCGGAAAGUGGCAGUAUUUUUAAAAUGUGCCUCCCCUCUUGACAAUGAAGAACUGGGAUACAGAACAAAAACCAAGAAGAAGCAAAAAGAAAAAAAAAAAAACAGAGACGAUGAAGAGACAGGAAGACACUUUGACAUUGAAGCAGAUGAGAUAAAGGAGCAAAUGGAAGGAUGCCGCUGGAUGCAAUGCUUACUGGGUUAGUUUUAAGAGCGCUUAGUUGCAGUAUCCCAUUACAUGGCCUAUCUCAUCACGUUUUUUUUUUUUUUUUUAAGAAGCAAACCUGGCGAAGAAGUGAGGAAAGAAUUGUACAUAGGUUAUGGAUACAUUUUCUUCUCCCAGUCAUUCUCAAAGAAAUAAAGCUUAUUUAAGAAAGUUAAAAAAAAAAUACAAUGGCUUAGGACAUUUUCAUGGAGUAUGUUUAUUUGUGUAACACUACCCAAGCAAGCUUGCCAAAGUUUUUUUACAGACAUGCCUCAAAUAAAUUAGGCUUUGCAUAUCAUUUAAGCAAAGAUUGGAUGUGACUCCUUAACAUUUAUAGCUGGUGGUACCUAUGUGAUGAAAGGGAGUCUACGUCUUUACUUUAAACCUUAAAGAAGCUAACAACCACCAUUUAUGAGCACAGCGUGUCAAAGGCAUAGACAGCUUAGCCAGGCAUUCAGUACAAACGCUACGGUGCUUCGUCUUGAGUGGAGACUUAAUAUUUGAAAUGUUUUGUAGUGUUUAUCAAGUGCUUGGAUGGGAAAAAAAUAGAUAGCUAAAAUGAAACUAGAGGUGAUGCUCACAAAUUCUUUCGAUAUCGGAUGUUUUGCUUUUCACUCGUUUCCCAUAUGAUGGAAAGCAAAGUCCUCACAUUAUCACACUCACAAAUCCUUUCAGGUUUUUCUGUAUAGUUCUUGAUGAAAGGGAUCAGGUGUUGUGUUUUUCCUUUCACUUAAACAAAAAUCUCUGGCUGGCAGUCAGGCUGGUUUGUGUCACUGAUUGGAGGAGUGCUUUCAGGAUGUGGUUUGGAUUGCUAAAUUGUGCAUGUACAUAUUUGAUACAUAUAAAACACACCCAAGUUAUUUUUUUUCUGGAGUUUCCUUUUAACUUUGAGUAAAAAAUAUUAAGCAUGUGGUUCAUUUCUUUGGCACACUUCACAUUUUUAGACGGUUUCUAAAAUUAACAUACAUUGUGUUAGGGUGGAAACCAAAAUGUAAAACCUGCUUUAAUUUGGCAAAAUUAAGUAAAAAGGGCCACAGUGUUAAGACGCAAUGCUUCCACUCACCUGGUCUGACAGAUUUGUGCAGAAAGUUCAUCUAAAGCGGAGGUGGAAUUUCUUUUGCAGAAUGGUGUAAGAGGAAAAGAUGACAGGCAAAGUCUAUCCUUUUCCUUCACACUGCCAUUGACACAAUGAAAAGUGUCCUGUUCAUUGAGAAUGAAUUAAUUAUAGUUGUAUGCCAAUAUGUUUUAUGUGAACUUUGGCGAUCUUUGUAAAAGUUGAACAGUAUGAUGUAUAACCGAAUGACCUGUCCAAUAAAAUGGUACAUUGUUAUGUAAUAACAUUAGUAAUAUACUAAGAUAACAAAACUGACACAGCUGAUUCAUUGGGAUAUUUUCUAUUUAAUGUAUAAUGUGUGAUUGUUAAAACUGAAAUUGGUGGUUGUAUUGCCAGACAUUUUAAUGUAUGUUUACAGCAGUUCAGUGGUGUAAAUUGACCGCUGCUGUGCAUUAAGAUGCAGCAGAGCUGUAGCUGUAAGAAUACAGCUCCCAUUCCUCUCAUAAUGAUUAAUAGACUUAGCCCAAGAUUCAGCACUACUCCAGUGCAGCAAAUCAUUAUCUUUGAAUAACAACUUUGUGUUAUUUUUUGCUAUUUAAUAGCCUGUAUGAGCUGAACAGUUGCAGACGUUUUAGAAAAAUAUGUAGUACGUUUAAUAAGUUUUAAAGUUUAAAUUUGUUAUUCAGACUAUAAGGACAAACUGGGUCGGUGCUAAGUUGAAUUCCACCCUGAGGCCUGAUAACUUCAACCUCACUUCAAGGAAUGUCUUGUUCACAGCAUAUUUUAUUUAAAGAGCUUGUGCAGAUCAUCUAAAGUAUGAAAUAUCUCGCUCACCAUCAACAAACCAUGCCUGUUCGUACUGUUUCGUAUUUUGAAAUGAUACUGAUCCCUUUCCUUGUAGAACUGCUGAAAACCUUAUAGAACAAAAGUAAUUUUUGAUAAUACAGCUCUGCUUCAGCUGGUUUUCUCAUUGUGGACUCUGAAAACCAGAUGAUGUGGAGUAGUUUGUGAAUACUGUAGGGUGUUCUGGAAGGGUGUAUCAUCUUAUAACCCCCAGGAACACAUAAGCAAAUAUUUUGAAGGGGAACUGAGAGUGAAGGUUCUGCUAAAUACAGAAUCAUUUUGCAUUGACACAGAGCUCUUAAAAUGAUGCUUAGUUACAUGUUUGAAAUGCAACAGCCUUUAACGAUUUAUAUCACCAGUACCCCCUGUAGUAAAAGAGAUACAAUAUUAAUUUGAACACCUUUUAUGUGUAUUUACUGGUGAGAAUUGGGUCUUUAUAACAAAAAAAAAAAGUCCACUGCCAGAUGGACUUGAUACCUGGCCUACAAGAAGAAGACAUGUUGCAGCUUUAAACACAGGCAUUGCAGGAAAAAUCUGUAUUUUGAACCCAUGCAAUAUCUUUGGAGUGUAAUUUGGAGGUACAGCUAAAGAUGUAGCAGCACUAAGGCCCAGAGUGGUGUUUUACAGAAGUCUAUCAGUAUUCACACCUCCUGGACUUUGUCAUUUCAAAUUUCCAUUGGCCAAAGAGUAGCAUCAGAUUUGCCAUGUCAUAUAAAAAUGAAGUUGCCAUAAGCGGGUUACGCGUUGCCAUGGUUUGUCUCUUAAAGCCUGUUCAUGUGCACAGGGAAGUCUACCAUACAAAUAUGCAGUCUUUUCUCUUUUUUUGCAUUCAACCUCACAUAACCCUUGCCUUCAAAGUAACCAAUUGGCAGUUACCAAAUGUAAUCAAUUCAUAGUACUUUUUCUGGCUUUCUACUAACUGUUAGCUGAUUGAGUACCAAUCACUGAAAAUGAUAGAGAAAUAAGAAGUCAUAAUAGUUUACAUUCAUGUGUGCAUUCUAAACAUUUUCUGCCUGUAAAAUGGGAUUUUAGAAUGGCUCAAUUGAUGUGCACUGCUCAAUAUAAUGGAAUAAACUACUUUUGUUUUAUU